GUGAGGUCCAGCGCCGGGUCAGGUCCAGCGCCGGGUGAGGUCCAGCGCCGGGUCAGGUCCAGGGCUGAGGUCGGAGUUGAGCAUGACGUCGAUGGGCUAACGGAGGGGGCGGAGUCUUCCAGUCUGAACUUCCAUUUUAGCUCCAUUUCUCUUUUCUUGUCAAAUGAAGAAAUAUUACUAUUUGUUUUUGUCUUCUUGCCAAACUUGAGUUAAAUCAGAAGAAAAUAAGCAUUUGACAGCUAUGACAUACCGACUUUUUGAAGGCAAGGAGCAUGCUGCGUCCUACUGGAAGUACAGAGUCUCUCCUUCAGRUCAUCUAGUCCAACAAGUUCUGGACUUUCUAGAGAAGCAUGGGGGUCGUCCYUUUGGGCUGGCUSUGGAUGUGGGUUGUGGUUCUGGGCAGGGGACGCGGAUCCUGUCCAAGCACUUUGCUUCGGUUGUGGGAACAGACGUGAGUCCUGCUCAGUUGGAAGUGGCUUUGCAGCAAACCAAAGAGCCAAACAUCACAUACAGACAAUGUGUGGCUGAGGAGCUGCCCUUCGCUGACAGCUCAGCGGACCUGGUGACGGCCAUGUCUGCCUUCCACUGGUUUGACAGGCCUCGGUUCCUGCAGGAGGCCCACCGGGUCCUGAAGCCCCAAGGCUGCUUGGCUCUGCUCAACUACACAAUUAACAUGGAGCUCAGCUACCCCGACUGCUGCAAACAUACACUCAACCAAGUCUGCAAAGAGUUUUAUGCAGCUCUGGAACCUUACAGGAGUCCCCACCUUGGUAAAAGCUCUGUUGAUCUGUACAGGGAGGCGUACGGAUCUAUUCCCUAUCCCGACAAAGAGUGGCAGGAUUGUUUUUGGGACAGAAAUAUUAUGCCGCUGUCCAGCUACAUGGGAUUGGUGCAGUCUUUUUCCAGUUAUCAGGCUCUGCUGCGAGAAGAUCCACAGAGAGCUAACAGGCUCUCCCAGGAUAUAACUGAGAGGCUGAUGUCUGUAAUGAAAGUAACCUCUGCAGAGGCAGAAGUCACAGUGGCUGUCAAGUAUUUCUACCUCCUGGCCUGUAAACCUCAACAAACUUGACUUCUGGCAGCUYUGCCCUUUUUAACAAAGUCAGAAAAGGUUACAUCUGCUUUUACUGGUGCUGAUCAUUUUAUAAAUUAUUCUCUUUGGACAGAAAUAAUCUCACUAUGUAACUGAAGUAACUCUUUGGCAUUUGGUAAAGUGCUUAUAUCUGUUUUCUACUGACAUUUAAAUGAAGUGAUAGCAUUCACAGUAGCAAACAUUGUUUUGUUUGAAAAAUGAUCUUUUUUAGUUUCACAUAACGCCAGUAGAGGGCGACAUUUGAUCAAAUGUCCUUUUUGAUUAACUGUGUAUGUCAAUCAUUUUUGGGGUAUGUCGCUGUUUUCACCUUCCAUUCUGAAAGUAAAAAUCAGAUAUUUGUGUAGUGUUUUAUAUUGAAAUGUAACUGAGAUCAUAACUUUCAAUGUGACUCACAGUCUUAUCUGUAUUUAUAAUUUCCAAUUUGUAGGAUUUAUAAUUUUAAAUGUGAGACUGAAUUGUGAUUAAAACUCAAUGAAUUAAAAUGUAUUUGGCUAGCAGCAUGAGUCUGCACAUUAAUGCAGACAUUCACUGAGUCAACUGGGCAAACCAGGGGUGUCCCAAAGUUUUAACCCACAGGCCAAAACAUUUAAAGUUAAUAUAAGU